AUGAACGUUAUCAAGCUACAAGAAGAUAUCUUCAACAUUAUCGAUGAUUUCCGCAAGAUCGACCUGGACGAUAAAGGAUGGGUGGACCGUAAGCAUGUGAUCGAGUCUGUGUCGCAAGAGGGCAAAGGUUCUUACGACGACGUGAGAGAGGCAUUGAAGCAGGUGAGUGUUGAUGCUUCGGGACAUGUGGAGCUGGACGACUAUGUUGAGUUGCAUGCCAAGUUGAAGGAGAUCCGGCAGCCGCCUGUUUCUGGUGGUUCUGCUGCCACGGCCGGCACGGUGGCCUCUGCGGGCUCGUCUGCGGGCGGGUUUGUACACAAGGGAACCGGUGCUGCUGCCAAGGUCAUUGUCACAGGAAAGUCCGGUACCACACACACAAUCAACGACGAAGAGCGGAUUGAGUUCACCAGACACAUCAAUGCCGUUCUCGCUGGCGAUCCCCAUGUUGGUGACAGAUUGCCAUUUUCGCUCGAUACGUUCCAGAUUUUCGACGAGUGCACAGACGGAUUGGUUCUUUCCAAGCUGAUUAACGAUUCUGUUCCAGACACAAUUGACACCAGAGUUUUGAACAUCCCUAAGAAGGGCAAGAAGCUGAACAACUUCACGAUGCUGGAGAAUGCCAACAUGGUGUUGAACUCGGCCAAGGCCAUUGGAUGUGUGGUUGUCAACGUCCAUUCGGAAGAUAUUAUUGAAGGAAAAGAACACUUGAUUCUGGGUCUGAUUUGGCAGAUUAUCAGAAGAGGUCUGUUGAGCAAGAUCGAUAUCAAGCUCCAUCCAGAACUGUACAGAUUGUUGGAGGAUGACGAGACUUUGGAACAGUUCCUGAGACUUCCUCCUGAACAGAUUUUGCUCAGAUGGUUCAACUAUCAUCUCAAAGCAGCCAACUGGAACAGAAGAGUGUCCAAUUUCAGCAGCGACGUGAGCGACGGUGAGAACUACACCAUUUUGUUGAACCAGUUGCAGCCAGAGCACUGUUCUAAGGCUCCAUUGCAGACCACCGACCUGUUGCAAAGGGCCGAGCAGGUUCUAAUUAAUGCGGACAAAAUUGGUUGCAGAAAGUACCUGACUCCAACCGCCUUGGUUGCAGGUAACCCACGUUUGAACCUUGCCUUUGUUGCUCAUUUGUUCAACACUUAUCCUGGACUCGAUCCUAUUGAGGAGAGCGAAAGACCGGAGAUCGAGGAGUUCGAUGCCGAGGGAGAAAGAGAGGCCAGAGUGUUCACCUUGUGGCUGAACUCUUUGGAAGUGGACCCUCCUGUUGUUUCGUUGUUUGAAGAUUUGAAGGACGGUACGAUUCUACUCCAGGCGUUCGACAAGGUGAUGCCUGGCUCUGUUGACCUCAAGUUCAUCAACAAGAGACCAAGCUCGGGCGGCGAGAUGUCCAGAUUUAAGGCUCUCGAAAACACCAACUACGCGGUCGAGGUUGGAAAGGCCAACCGGUUCUCGCUUGUUGGUAUUGAGGGGUCGGACAUUGUUGACGGAAACAAGAUGCUGACCCUGGGACUAGUGUGGCAAUUGAUGAGAAGAAACAUCGUGGACACUUUGUCCAAGCUUUCUUCGAACGGCAAGGAAGUCUCUGAUGCGGAGAUUUUGAGAUGGGCCAAUGCACAAGUCACCAAGGGAGGCAAAUCGUCGACGAUCCGGUCGUUCAAAGACUCUUCUUUGGGUACUGGAGUGUUCCUGCUGGAUGUUUUGAACGGUAUCAAGCCGGGAUACGUGGACUACUCGCUUGUCACCGCCGGAGCUACCGAGGACGAAAGAUACGCCAACGCCAGACUGGCUAUCUCUAUUGCCAGAAAGCUUGGUGGUUUGAUCUGGUUGGUUCCGGAAGACAUCAACGAGGUGAGAUCGAGACUGAUCUUGACGUUUGUUGGAUCAUUGAUGUCGCUCAAGUCCGUCGCGGGACUUGACGCCCACCCUUUGGAUCUUGUAGGUGGGGAAAGUGGAGGCCUUGACCGGGUUGGCCAGCACCUCUUUAGUGGCCUGUAUCCAGUCGAUGCCUGCGUAGACGCCCUGGGCCGCGUUGAUGAACAAGUAGUCGAUUUUCUCGUGCGACUUCUUCAAUUCGUACACGGCGCCCAGUAUCGACACCAUGUUGGAGAAGUCCACGAGGAUAUAGUCGAAACUGAGGAUUCCUUCUCUGUGCGCAUGUUUUUCGUUGUACUCUUUAAUUUUGUCGAUGGCCUCUCUGGCCUUGGGCAAGGUUCUAGAGGUGACAAUGAUAGUGAGCUUGUCGCCCGUGGGAACCUCCUCGAGAAGCCGGUAGGCGAUGUUCAGCCCCAAAUUGCUGUUUGUUCCUGUGAUGAGUGCGGACAGAUGCAUUAUUUGAACAAUUUAAACGAGAGAAAUUGCACAGCCGUUGGUUUUUCUCUUAGCGAUGUGGAGACCGAGCAUUUGGCAGGAUCGAAUGUAAAUCAAGGGCCAAACAUACGCACUAGACCAUUCACUGGAUCUGCAGACGUCUGUGUGAUCUGUGCUGGUAUGGUUGCAACAAAGUAG